GAGGCUUGAAAUAAGGGUCAAAGAGCAAGCUUUCUUUCUUCUCCUACGCAGUAUUCCUACCCAUCCCUCUCCCACUAACUCGGCCAAGACCAAGGAAAGGAAGAAAGGAAGCUCUGAAACCCCAUUCUACCAUAGCCAAAUCCGAGCUAAGCCCAAGGAGGUCAAAGUCAGAAAUUUAAAGAAGAAGAAGGAAGGAAAAAGUAGGGUGGUUAAGGUAUUCAAGGAACUUUCACGGAGUUGAAAGGGGCGCCGGAGUUGUCGCCGGAGUUCGUUGAAGUUCGCCGGAGUUUCACCGGAGCUAAAUAGGGAAGGCUAGAACUUCGUAAGCUUCAUUAAGGUUGAGGCUAGAGUCCUACUACCUGCACCUUUGCCUAGGGUGAUUGAUCAAAAAGGAAGAUGUGAAAUGGAGGGUGGACGCAGGAUUACUAGGAGAAACCCGACGGGUCAUGCACCGGGGGUCACCAGGCACGAUACACGAGCUGAAUCAUGGACCUCUAGGGGUAGAGGUCGGGGCCAAGGCCGAGGAGGAGGCCGAGGCAGGGGUCGUGGGCGUUCUACAACGCCGACGGCAUGUAGCACGCAUGUCUGUUCUGUGCACCCGUCUUGGGCCACCGAACCGGACGAUUUCACAUAUGCUCCAAGCACGGAGCAAGAGGAGACCCCGUACAAUGGGGAGGACUUUCAUGAAGAAGAUGAGGAUGACGAUCCUCAUUAUGAUCGUACGAGCGAGGUACUAGAAUGGUACCUCGAGAACAAGGCAAGGAGAGAAUAGCGACGCCAAGCUAGGCAGGAUAGGUAGGCCAUGGGACAGGGAAGCCGGGGAGCUUCUAGUGCUCCAUCUGGAGCAUUUGGAGGAGACACGAUGGUACGUAUCUCCAAGUAUCUCAAGGAGGCGAGGGCCUUGGGGUGCAAGUCAUUUGAUGGUAAGGGCGACAUAUCUGAUGCCGCCGACUGGAUUAAGAAGCUGAAUGAUGCUUCUAGGGACAUGCAAAUUGGACUCGGCGUGAAGUUGAGGGUUGCCACCAGGCUACUAGAAGGGGUAACUGCUGUAUGGUGGGAAGGCGUGGAAGGAAAGUUCCACGGUGAGACCACUUGGGAGAAAUUCGAAGUGGAGUUCUAUAACCAGUACUACUCAACUUUUGAGGUCAAUCUCAAGAGGAGAGAGUACACAAAUCUGAAACAGGAGGAUGGCUGCUCGGUGAGGCAAUUGGAACAGAGGUUCCGAGACUUGGCACGAUUCAUACUAGAGUACUCUUUGGAUGAGAAUCGAAUGGCCAAUCAUUUUUGGGAUGCUCUACAGUUGGACAUCCGCGACCGGGCUACUUAUCAGCAUAACAUGACAUUCAGUCAAGUUGUCGAUCAAGGGCUCCUUGGAGAAACCCAAUGGAAUGAAAGGAAGGCGAGGGACGCCGAGGAGGCGAAGAAGAGGAGAUGGGGAAACUCUGGACCCCAAGACCACUCUCGGAAGCAUCACGCCGGGGGUGGCAAUACAUUCAGGGCGCCGGCACCACCAACGAAAAGGUAUAUGGGCUCAGGAGGGCAAGGGCCCAAACCAGGGGGUGUGGGACCACCCAGGUGCGCAAACUGCGGUAAGAACCAUGAGGGAAGGUGCAAUGAACCACCCCGAUGCUUCAAAUGCGGUAGCACGAGCCACCUCAAACCCUCUUGUCCAAUGUUAAACGGAGGAGGACCAUCGGGAGCUAUGGGAGGACCUACGACUAGUAGGGGACAUGCGGGGCCGUCUCGGGGCGACACAGGAAGGGGCGGACCCACGGCUAGCAACGCCGCAUCCGUUAACCAAGGGAGGACCCAUGCACGGGUAUAUACUAUGACCGAGGAUGAUGCUCGGGCCAACCCGGACUCCAUUGCAGGUAAUCUCUUGAUUACACACGUAUUUUGAUCAUGUAUUUGAAUUAAAAAAAUUCAAAAAAAAAAUAUGAAGGACCCGAUCGGGUAUCCCUAUAGACCCGACCGGGUAUAGGCCAUGCUUCGAUUUUGAUGUGUGUACUCAUAUGGGCAAGCGUGGCAGAAUCCUUCAUUUUUGACACUUCGAACAAUACCCGAUCGGGUAUGGCUAUAUACUCGAUCGGGUAUGUGUAAAACUUGAGCUUCGAGGUGUGUACUCGAUCGAGCGUUGAUGACAGGAAGCUAUUAAUUGGAAAUUUUGAGUGAUACCCGACCGGGUAUAGGCAUAUACCCGACCGGGUAUCGACAUUUUUCUCGAGUUUGAAGCGUGUGCCCGAUCGAACAUUCAGAGCAAAACGUUGUGAUGUUUUUAGCCAUGCCCGAUCGGGUAUGGGAAUAUACCCGACCAGGUAUAGAUAAAUUGUUCGGGUUCGAGGCCGGUACUCGACCGAGCAAGGAAAACAGAAGGUUUUUCCUUAAGGACUCGAGUGAUACCCGACCGGGUAGAGGACCCUACCCGACCGGGUAUAGGGUAUCCCUAGACUGAAAAUUUUUCAUUCGGUCCUUUUCAGUCGGGAUGUUGAGUAGUGUGUCUUGCAUGACUUAUGUAUGUAGGGACACUAAAGAUCAACGAUAGGGAUGCGAGAAUUCUCAUCGAUAUCGGAGCACAACGUUCAUUUGUGAGCGAAGCGUUUGCCAAGGGUUUGGGCAUGCCUUUGGUAGCAAUGAUGCAACCUUUGUUGGUCUCCACGCCAUUGGGAGAUGAUGUAGAGCGGAAACACUACUAUCCCUCGUGUAAUGUAGGGAUAGGGGAGCACUGUCUAACGGGUGACUUUGUGCCGUUAGAUAUGCUCGAGUUUGAUGCUAUACUAGGCAUGGAUUGGCUCGAAAAACACCAUGCGAAAGUAGAUUGCUACACCAAGGUGUUAGAACUAAAAGAUGGAGAAGCAAAUACUCUAUGCUUCGAGGGAGAUAGAGGGAAAUUCAAUCCUUGUAUCAUAUCGGCCAUAAGAGCAAGGCGUAUGAUGAGGAAAGGGUGUCAAGCAUACUUGGCCUAUGUCAUAGGCAAGGAAGGCAGGGGAAAGAGUCUCAAUGAGGUGAGAGUGGUGAGUGAGUACCCAGAAGUUUUCCCUGAAGAACUCCCGGGACUCCCACCAGAUCGAGAAAUUGAGUUCACCAUUGAAGUAGAACCCGGUACAAAACCCAUCUCGAUUCCUCCAUGUCGGAUGGCACCGGCUGAACUUCAAGAGUUGAAGGUUCAAUUAGAAGAAUUACUAGACAUCGGAUUCAUUAGGCCGAGUCAUUCACCGUGGGGAGCACCGGUACUCUUUGUAAAGAAGAAAGAUGGUACACUCAGAAUGUGUAUCGAUUACCGUCAGUUGAACAAGGUCACGGUAAAGAACAAAUACCCUUUGCCAAGGAUCGAUGACUUGUUUGAUCAACUACGGGGGGCAACCGUGUUCUCUAAGAUCGACUUGAGGUCAGACUACCAUCAACUGAAGAUCAAGGAGAGUGACAUACCCAAAAGUUCAUUUCGUACAAGGUAUGGUCACUAUGAGUUCCUAGUAAUGUCGUUUGGGCUUAUGAACGCACCCGCGGUAUUCAUGGACCUCAUGAACCGAGUAUUCCAUCAAUACUUGGACCAAUUCGUCAUACUGUUCAUUGAUGACAUUUUGAUAUACUCUAUGAAUGAAGAGGAGCACGAAAAACAUCUAAGAGUUGUGUUUGAAACACUGCGGGAGAAGCAACUCUUUGCCAAAUUCUCUAAAUGUGAAUUUUGGCUUGGGGAGAUCGGUUUCCUCGGGCAUGUGGUAUCGGGAUCGGGCAUUUCAGUUGAUAACUCAAAGAUUGAAGCGGUCACUAAUUGGGAGAGACCUAAGAAUGUGAAGGAGAUAAGGAGUUUUCGGUGAUAACCAGCUGGGGGCCUGCGUGCCCGUGUUUGCCACGUGUGGCUAAGUAUUAAACAUAUUAUUAUUUCCGCAUUUGUUGAUUAUGAUAUUGAUGUUGAUUGUAUGUGUUUACUAAUCGGUUUGGCAAUAGAAUCAAUCAGAC